AUGCUGCGGGGGCCUCGGGCCCUGGCUCCGGCAGCCGGGCCACCCCCAAAGGGGCUACCCGCGAUGAGCCCCACGGAGCUGUGGUCGCCGGGCCUCAGCAGCCCCCAGCUCUGCCCGACCACCACCUACUACACCCAGAUGUACCCGCAGACUGUGCCUUCCGCUGCGGCGCCCGGCACCUGCCUCGACGCCACCCCCCACGGACCGGAGGGUCAAGCUGUGCGAUGCGUGCCGGCUGGCCGGCUGCCGGCCAAAAGGAAGCUGGACCUGGAGGGGAUCGGGAGGCCCACGGUCCCUGAAUUCCGGACUCCCAAGGGGAAGUGCAUUAGAGUGGAUGGCCUCCCCAGCCCCAAAACCCCCAAGUCCCCUGGGGAAAAGACUCGCUAUGACACAUCGCUGGGGCUGCUCACCAAGAAAUUCAUUUACCUCCUGAGUGAGUCUGAGGAUGGGGUUCUGGACCUGAACUGGGCUGCUGAGGUGCUGGACGUGCAGAAGCGACGCAUCUACGACAUCACCAACGUGCUGGAGGGCAUCCAGCUCAUCCGCAAGAAGGCCAAGAACAACAUCCAGUGGGUAGGCAGGGGACUGUUUGAAGACCCCACGCGGCCUGGGAAGCAGCAGCAGCUGGGGCAGGAGCUGAAGGAGCUGAUGAGCAUGGAGCAGGCCCUGGACCAGCUCAUCCACAGCUGCUCUCUGAACUUCAAGCACCUGACGGAGGACAAGGCCAACAAGAGACUGGCCUACGUGACGUACCAGGACAUCCGUGCUGUGGGCAACUUUAAGGAGCAGACGGUGAUUGCGGUCAAGGCCCCUCCGCAGACCAGACUGGAGGUGCCUGACAGGAGUGAGGAAAACCUGCAGAUACAUCUGAAGAGCACCCAGGGGCCCAUCGAGGUUUACCUGUGCCCAGAAGAGGUGCAGGAGCCCCACAGUCCUGCCAGGGAGCCCCUUCCCUCCACUUCCGCCCUCAGCCCCAGCCCUGACUCCACCCAGCCCAGCAGCAACAGCGACCCUGGGAUCACGGAACCCACGGCAUCCUCAGAGCCAGCACUGACAUCCCCGCAGGUCCUGCCACCGCCCCCGCCGCCCCUUGUCCCCCUGGAGGCCACGGAGAACAUGCUGGAGCUGCCGCACCCACUGCUGCAGCAGACUGAGGACCAGUUCCUGUCCCCGACGCUGCCCGGCAGCUCCCCUCUGAUCAGCUUCUCCCCGCCCUUAGACCAGGAUGACUACCUGUGGGGCCUGGACGGCGGGGAGGGCAUCAGCGACCUCUUCGACACCUAUGAUCUCGGGGACCUGCUGAUUAACUGA